UCAAGCUGGUGUUUUUAGGGCUUGAGGGAGGGCCGCAGUUCAUUAGUUUUCAAGGGGCUGGAGUAAGAGACGGGUGCUACAUUUUCUGGUGUCAGACUGUGGUGAAUAGCUCCCAGAAGAUUCACAGAGUGUCAGAGAAGGAGCCAAAAGGUAGUGGAGUGGCUGAGCUACCAGAAAGCAGAGGGAAGAUGGCAUCUGCCAGUUUGGUUUUUGUCUGGCUACUGCUCACCAUGAGGAUGGUCACCUCGGCAGUCUAUCUGGAGCCUGAGGAGGAGGAACUUAAUGAAACUGUCAUUUGCACCAACGACCGUAUGGAGCUUGUUAUUCCAAGCGCUUUUUUCCUCAACAAAGUUCCUCCUGUAUAUGCUUGGGAUUUGCAUUUAAAUGAUCCGGAGUGUCGUGGUGAUGUAGUCGGAGAGGACUAUGUUUUCAGCAUUAAGACAAAUCUGUCAGAUUGCGGCACUAUAAUGGCCUCAGAUGACACACACAUGGUGUUCAUAAACACCAUACACAACAACUACUCAGAUAUUAUCACAAGAAACUACAUCAACAUAACAUUUGCGUGCCGCUACCCCAUCAACUACAUGGUCCAACAGCCCAACGGAGAAAACAUGAUCAGAGUGGACAUCAGACCUAUCACUCUGAACACCGAGGAUGGGAAUUUCUCAGUGUCAAUGCUGCUGUACAAAGACGAAGCCUUUGAGGACAGGUGGACCACUGUGCCAUCGCUGACUCUGGAGGAUAACAUCUUUGUAAAAGUUUUCAUGAUACCUUCUCAUCUGCAGCUGCGUAUGGAGAGAUGUUGGGCUACGCCGACCAGUGAUCCAUACAGCAAUAUUCAGUACACCUUCAUCGCAGACAGCUGCCCAGUGUUGACCAACGACCAGACUCUGAGCAUGCUGAAGAACGGUCAGGGCCCAGAGGCCACGUUCAGGAUACAAAUGUUUAAGUUUGUCGGCAGCUCUUACACCAACGUCUUCCUUCACUGCAACGUCCAGAUCUGCCACAGUGGUCCCGGUCUGUGUCAGCCUAACUGUUCCGGUGAAGAUGGAUUACUGAGAACACGGAGAGAAAUACCACUGUCUCAUACAGUUUCUUACGGACCCAUAAGACGACUAUUCAACCACAGUGAAAAUCCCAGUCUAGAUGCAGGAGGAGUCCCAGCUGUGGAGACAUUUGUCCUCGGAGGACUGCUGCUUGUCUUGCUGCUGGUAACAGGAGUCUUUGGGAGGUUGUGGCUUCGCUCCAGACAUUUCUACCCAGCACGGGAAGCACAGCUUACCCUGUCCAACAUUCAUCACAUCUCAGAAGUGGCCUCAUGAAUUGUAUGGACUUUAUAGAAUUAGUAAAUGGACACAGGAAAACAUACGUACACGUGUUUUUAUAAUAACGUUAUAUGUUUUGUGUAUUAUGCUCGUUAGAAAAAAAAAUUUGUUUGAUUUGUAAAAAGCUGUGGGUAAUAAACAUUUCUCUUA